CUGUCCUCUUGCUGGAUCCUAUAUAAGGAGGAGGGAUGGGAUCGGAGUGCUUUGGACUUGACUGUCCCUCCAGUGGACUUAGGGAGAGAGCACAAAGAUGAUUAGAAAAGGCUCCUGCAAGCCCGGGUCCUGGGGCAGCUUCUGGGCUAUCCUGGCCUUGGUGGGACUGGCCACUCGUGCAGAGCCACCAGUUCGUCCCUUUGUAUCCUUAGUUGGAAGCACCAGGCUGGGUGCCUUCUCAGGCUCUGCCAUGUCCCUUCCUGCUGCAGCUCAGAGAGCCGAUGUGGUUGGGGAGGCAGCAGGCAUCUCCAUCAACCACUCCCACAUGCUGCUCCAGCGACUGCAGGACCUGCUGCGCCACGGCAACGCCAGUGAUGUCGUCCUCCGAGUACAAGCUGUGGGCACGGACGAGGUCCGAGCCUUCCACACCCAUCGCUUGUUGCUGGGGCUACACAGUGAGCUGUUCCGGGAGCUGCUGAGCAACCAGAGUGAGGUGGUGCUGCAGGAACCGGGGGACUGUGCUGCCGUCUUUGACAAGUUCAUCAGGUAUUUGUACUGUGGUGAGCUGACGGUACUACUGGCCCAGGCUAUCCCACUGCAUAGGCUGGCCACCAAAUACCGAGUAGCAUCCUUGCAGCGAGGCGUGGCCGACUACAUGCGCGCGCACCUGGCGGGAGGCGCGGGCCCCGCUGUGGGCUGGUACCACUAUGCAGUGAGCACCGGGGAUGAGGCUCUGCGCGAGAGCUGCCUGCAGUUCCUGGCUUGGAACCUUUCUGCCGUGGCGGGGAGCGCGGAGUGGGGCGCCGUGAGCCCCGAGUUGCUGGCACAGCUCUUGCAGCGCUCGGACCUGGUGCUGCAGGAUGAGCUGGAGCUGUUCCACGCGCUGGAGGCGUGGCUGGGCCGAACGCGGCCGCCCCCCACCGUGGCCGAGCGAGCGCUGCGCGCCAUCCGCUACCCCAUGAUCCCGCCGGCACAGCUGUUCCAGCUGCAGGCGCGCUCGGCCGCGCUGGCGCGCCACGGCCCGGCGGUGGCAGAUCUCUUGCUGCAGGCUUAUCAGUUCCACGCCGCCUCGCCGUUGCACUACGCCAAGUUCUUCCACGUGAACAGCAGUGCUUUCCUGCCGCGCAACUACCUCGCCCCGGCCUGGGGCGCCCCAUGGGUCAUCAACAACCCGGCUCGCGACGAUCGCAGCACCAGCUUCCAGACGCAGCUGGGGCCAAGCGGCCACGACGCGGGUCGUCGGAUUACCUGGAACGUGCUCUUCUCCCCGCGCUGGCUACCCGUCAGCCUGCGGCCCGUCUACGCGGACGCCGCGGGUACCGCGCUGCCCGCCGCGCGCCCGGAAGAUGGGAGGCCGCGACUGGUGGUCACGCCGGCUAGCAGCGGUGGGGACGCGGCGGGCGUGAGUUUCCAGAAGACCGUGCUGGUGGGUGCGCGCCAUCAGGGCCGCCUCUUGGUCCGCCACGCCUACAGCUUCCAUCAGAGCAGCGAGGAGGCUGGCGACUUCCUGGCCCACGCAGAUCUGCAGAGGCGCAACUCCGAAUACCUGGUGGAGAAUGCACUGCAUCUCCAUCUCAUUGUCAAGCCGGUGUACCACACCCUCAUCCGGACUCCCAGUUAGUCUCUGGAUUAAGAGAUAAGGCUUGACCUGGGUGGCGCUCCACGUUGUUAAAGUGACUUUGGCCUGGGCCUUGGGUGACCAAGUGCAGCUGGUUGGGACUAGGGUGGAGGCAGGUGAAUGUGGUAGACAAGAUGGCUCUGGUUUCAGGAGUGCCUUUCCCAGAUAACUUGAAGGCAGCAUUUUUGGUCAAGAAUAAACCGAUGCCCAGAGAGGCCAGGUACUGAAGCCAUUCCGGCUCUCAAAAGUCUGGGGUUCACAUGCCCUUCACUGAGCUCCUCCCUGCCAGAGACCCCACCUGUGCAUGAAUUAGGGCGGGGAGGACUGAUUGACUUAGGGGUUGUUGGUUCUGAGCGAUCUCCCUUUCAGAUAGGAAUUUCCGCAUAGGAGGCUGGUAACUUUCUGUGCUGCAAUCUCCAGGGGACAGCCGCCGCUGUGGCUUGUGGGGGGGUCUUUCUGUCACUGUCACCAAAUCCCUGGCCUCUUAACGAAUGGUCCAGGCUAGUGGAAUGGCCCUUGAGAGACGGCUGAAAACCAGACCUAGCUUUAGCCCCAUCCUUCUGGCGAGGGAGAGUCUUGGCAUCCUGAGGAAAAAACCCAUUCCCCUGUUGUGUGUAGGUGUGCGUCGAGGGAGGUGGGGUGCUGGGAGAGAAAGGGUUAGGAUCUAAACGAGUCUUAGUCCCAACACUGCACAUUCACCGCUCCCAACACAGCCAUCAAAACCCCAGUAGGACUUUAUUUAAAAGAAAGGCAAAAAGAAAGAAAGAAAAAAAAAGAGCAACAAAGAAGUUACAAAACCAGACUCCCUCCCCAUCCCCUCCCCUCCUUAUGUGAAGUCCUGUGGGCUCCUUCCCAUCCCCCAUCUUCAGCCAAGCCCAGGGGUGGGCCAAGUCCUGUCUUACUAACAGCUCCUCUCCCCCAUUGCCGAAGCCGAAGCCGAGACUGGCCUCAGGUCUGUAUAAGUUUUUGGCAACAAUGUUCUGUCCCGGGCUGGGAAGCCGGGUCUCUGGGACUCAUCUCCCAUUCUAGUGGCAGAGUGAACAUGGAAGAGCUGUGCAGGCAGCCCAACCGUUUCUGGGUCAUGGGAGCCCAGCCCUCCAAGCUCUUGCUCCACGGGAUCCCCAACUGCCC